CGGGCUGGGGGUGUGAUGCCGGAGCGGGGCGGCCCGGGGGGCGCUGAUUGGCUGACGGACGCGGGGGUGGGCGGGGCAGCUGGGGGAUGGGCUGCCGGGGAGCCAGCGGGCCGGAGCCCCCGAGCCGCGCGCCGCCGCCGGGUCCCUCUGCGCCUCCCGCGGCCCCGCUGCGCCAGCACCUCUGCCUCUCUUCGCCCAGGUGUUUGCUGCCUGGUCCUGGUCGCCCUGAGCCUGUGGCCAGAUAGAGCUGCUGCCCCCGGGCCGCCUCCUGGCCCCCCACGGGCCUCCCCAGACCCUCGGGCUGAGCUGGACAGCGCCGUCCUCCUGACCCGUUCCCUCCUGGCGGACACUCGGCAGCUUGCCGCCCAGCUGAGGGAUAAAUUUCCAGCGGACGGAGACCACAACCUGGACUCUCUUCCCACCUUGGCCAUGAGCGCAGGGGCUCUGGGAGCCCUGCAGCUCCCAGGUGUGCUGACACGGCUGCGGGCGGACCUGUUCUCCUAUCUGCGCCACGUGCAGUGGCUGCGCCGAGCUGGGGGCCCUUCCUUGCGGACCCUGGAGCCCGAGCUCGGUGCCCUGCAGGCCCGGCUGGACCGCCUGCUGCGCCGGCUGCAGCUCCUGAUGUCCCGCCUGGCCUUACCCCAGGCGCCCCCGGACCCACCAGCUCCCCCACUAGCGCCCCCGGCCUCCGCCUGGGGAGGCAUCAGGGCAGCCCAUGCUAUUCUUGGGGGGCUGCACCUGACCCUUGACUGGGCUGUGCGUGGCUUGCUGCUGCUGAAGACUCGGCUGUGACCCGCCACCGGGAACCACCAACGUCCUUCGAUGCCACAUCUUAUUUAUUUAUUUAUUUGGGGACUGGGUGCAUGGCAGCAGGAAAACACCCCCUCCUUCUCUCCCCUUAAUUUGAGACGGUCCCUCCAGGAGACCUGGGCAGAGUAGGGGGGUUUCUGUGCCUUAUUUAUACUUAUUUAUUUAAGGGUGGGUGGGUGGGAGGCAGGUAGACCUGGGGACCAAAGGGGCUGGGAACUGGAGUCCUAGAUUCUUGAAUCUCUUAAGUCUGGCUGCAGGGUUUCCCUAUCCCCUAGCCCUCUGGGCCUGGGCAGGAGCAUAUAUUAUUUAUUAAACAAUUACUUUUUGGGUUGGGGUGGGGAGGGAAAGGGAAAGGAGGCCUGGGUUUUGUACAAAAAUGUGAGAAACCUUUGUAAGAUGGAGAAGGGGGAAUUAAAUUUGUCAUACACAUCCACUUAGAGGUGAUUUCUCUGAGGGCUGAGGGUUGGGGGCUGGACACUGGGGUCUGUGGAAUAGAGGGAGGCACAGACCCUCAGUGGGCAGGACAGCAGAGGGGAGAUCGUUGUUCCCCAGAGACCCUGAGCACUGAGGGGCAGGGUCCGAGACUGCACUUUGUAGGCACUCAAUGAAUCUUUAAUGGAAGGCUCCAGAAGGCCGUCCUGUGCCCUACAAUACUUGUAUGUGACAAAGCUGCAAGUUUGAUGUCGUUUGUUAAGGUGAUGUUCACAACAGCAAACCAGAAACCACCUAGAUGUCCAACAGUGAGGGAUGGUUUAAUAAAUUACACCCAUCUGUCUGAUGGGAUGCCAUCAGC